CUCAAAUAAUGCACGGCGCUAAGUCCCACUGUCCACACUUUCACUCCACUUCCCAUCUCAGUCCAUUUGCCGAUAUGUCUAACGUCAUCGUCCUCGACAACGGCGGCGGUUUUAUAAAAGCCGGCCACGGCGGCGAACGUGAUCCUGUCACUGUAAUCCCCAACUGCCUCUACCGUCCUCUCUCCUCCAAGAAAUUCCUACAUCCAUCUCCCACAGCCUCUGCCUCAACCGAAGACCUAACCUCCGCCGCUGUUCGCCGUCCAAUUGACCGCGGCUACCUCAUAAACCCCGACCUCCAGCGGGAUAUCUGGAGUCACCUCUUUACCUCUCUUCUCCACAUCACUCCCUCCAAUUACUCCCUUCUCUUGACCGAACCUCCCUUCACUCUCCCAUCAAUCCAGCGUGCUACAGACGAGCUUGUCUUCGAGGACUUUGGUUUCAAGUCCCUUUUCAUCACCGACUCGCCCAAGCUUGUUCAUCUUUACGAGGCGAGUAAGAGGCCUGAUGGGUUAAUCUCCAAAGCGCAGUGCAGUCUGGUGGUGGAUUGUGGGUUCUCGUUCACUCAUGCAGCUCCUGUUUUCCAGAACUUCACGCUUAAUUACGGAGUGAAGAGGAUAGAUUUGGGUGGUAAAGCGCUGACCAAUUACUUGAAGGAGUUGGUUUCUUAUCGCUCGGUGAAUGUGAUGGACGAGAGCUUUCUUAUGGAUGAUGUGAAAGAGAAACUUUGCUUUGUUUCCCUUGAUAUUGCUCGCGAUUUGCAGGUUGCCAGAAAACGUGGGAAGGACAAUGUCUUGCGCUGUGUUUAUGUUCUUCCUGAUGGCAUCACCCACACUAAGGGUUUUGUGAAGGACCCAGAUGAAGCAAAGAGAUACCUCACUAUGACUGGUGCGGAUUCUCCAUCUUUAGAAACAAUAAAGGGUAUAGAUCGACCUGAACUUUCAGAGAAGCUGGAGGACAGAAGGAGAAUUGAUUUAACGAAAAAUGAGUUUGAGUUGACAAAUGAACGGUUCCUUGUUCCAGAAAUGAUCUUCCACCCUGCAGAUUUGGGGAUGAACCAGGCUGGACUAGCAGAGUGCAUAGUUCGAGCAGUCAAUUCCUGCCAUCCUGUUCUUCAUCCUGUACUCUAUGAGAGCAUUAUAUUGACUGGUGGAAGCACAUUAUUUCCUCGAUUUUCUGAGAGACUUGAAAUGGAGCUCCGGCCUCUUGUCCCUGAUGAGUAUCAAGUGAAGAUAACCACGCAAGAAGAUCCCAUACUAGGUGUGUGGCGAGGUGGAUCACUUUUGGCAUCGAGUCCUGAUUUUGAAGCAAUGUGUGUCACCAAGUCUGAGUACGAGGAACUUGGAUCUGCUCGAUGUCGUAAGAGAUUCUUUCAUUGAGCGCUUAAAAUGCUGAAGGUAUCCUAUAUCCUUACUGACAUAGAAAUGUGUGCAAUCUGUUCAUGAACAUUACAGAUGAAAAAUAUUUUUGCCACCCAAAUUCUUCAUAUACAUAAUUUAUGCUAAUUGUCCUACUAGUUUUAAUCAAACAGCAUAAAGUAAAAUGCAGCUGGUGCUAAGCUUUCUUCCAAGCUUUGCUGGGUCGUGUUGGUUAUUGGCUUGCAUAGGAAGGCAUGGGCCCAAUCCUUAUGUUGAUCAGCUCGAUAUGGUCAAGUGCUAGCACUCAGAAGGACUCUUGGUGACAAAUUUCAAUAUCAAUUGGUAGUUAAUUUAUCCUGGUGCUAGCUGACCCCCUCAUUUUUGCCUCAAGGGUAAACCAUAGACAACCAGAUAUUACAGAUACAUUGGAGUGUCAAGUGAUGGUGACCCAAGGUCAAAUUCGCAGGAAAAUUCCUGUUUAUUGGGGGUGACUCUGCGAGCAAGAUCUUGUUUUGUUGUGUAAUUUGAUGAAAUUUUCUGGGCAUUGUAUUUAAGAUUGUGGGUUAAUGUUUGUCACAUUUCAAGUGAAAUUCACCAAAACUUCCAGUGAAAAUGCAAAUGCCCCAUGAUUAUUAUUUUAGAA